GGCUGUGGAUAGAAAGCUUCAUACGCACGAAGCCGAGGAAAAUAUCAUACGAAUUAACACAACACGACAAUCUUAAAAUACACAAACUAUGCAUGCACAUUCAUUUACUUGAACAUCUUAGAUUAAACCCAGUUCAGCUUCAGACUCAGCAAGAGUCCACUGCUUCGAUGGCCUCCGUAUCUCUCUCUUCCUCCUCUCUCUUCUUGUCUCGAAAACCGUUGACUCUGAAUUUCAGUUAUGGUGUUUCAUCGGACAAACUGAGUUUUGGGUCGUUGAGUACGGGGAAUUUUAAGUUUGGUACGAUAAAGAAUGGUCAAAGACUUUGUGUCUGUAGAGCUGCUUCUUCUGUUGUGUUUCGUGACCUUGAUGCUGAUGAUUUUCGACACCCUCUGGAUAAGCAGAACACGCUAAUUUUGAGGGCAAUUCCUGGAUUAAGCGAAGUGGGAAAGGCUCUACUUGGUAGUGUGACAGAGCAAAUCAUGCUUCUAGAGAAUAUAGGAACUUCAGUUCUUGUUUCAAAAAACCAGCUUCCUGAGCUUCAUCAAUUAAUGACUGAGGCUGCUGAAAUAUUGAACAUUGAGGCUCCUGAUCUGUAUGUCCGUCAGAGUCCGGUUCCAAAUGCUUAUACGUUAGCCAUAAGUGGUAAAAAACCAUUUGUUGUUAUACAUACUAGCCUUGUGGAGCUUCUAACUCGAAAGGAGUUACAGGCUGUGUUGGCACAUGAGUUGGGUCAUCUGAAAUGCGACCAUGGUGUUUGGCUCACUUUUGCCAAUAUUCUCACCCUUGGAGCGUAUACUGUACCUGGACUUGGAGGGUUGAUAGCUCAAAGUUUAGAAGAACAGUUAUUCCGUUGGGUGCGUGCAGCAGAAUUAACAUGUGAUCGUGCAGCCCUUCUUGUUGCACAAGACCCUAAGGUGGUCAUCUCUGUUCUAAUGAAACUAGUGGGUGGCUGCCCGUCCCUGGCUGAUCAACUAAAUGUGGAUGCAUUUUUGGAGCAAGCUCGCUCUUAUGACAAAGCUUCUUCAAGUCCGAUGGGGUGGUACAUAAGAAAUGCUCAAACAAGGCAACUCUCACAUCCUCUGCCAGUUUUACGUGCCCGUGAAAUUGAUGAAUGGUCAAGAAGUCUAGAUUACAAGACUCUCCUGAAACGUGCAGUUCAAAUGAAUCCUGUACAAAAUGUUUAGUAUUGUGUUGGAGAUGGUCAAAAUCUGAAACAAUAUGAUUAGGUUUUAGUUACAUGGUUAGGUUUUCUCUUUGUCUUGCAUAUUUGAUCUUUUCACUUUUCAAAUUAUCAUCGAAAAGGAGCAGAGAAAAUUGAUGAGGACGGGAGGAUCAGCUGCACAUAUAUGUUCGAGUCUGGACCCUAUAUUUAGAUAAACACUGUGAAUUUAAGAUGCGAAAAAGAUUUUUGGGUCAACCUUGUAUAAGCUUGAAAGAUGUAUAGUUAUGAGAAGUUACUAUCAUACUUAAUAUUCUUAAAGAAUCACACUCUUGUAUAAUUUAUGUUCAAUACUGUAUAUCAGUAUAUACUUUGAGUCCUAAUAUUUUAUACUUGAUGGAAUCAAAGUGUCAACAGCUCCGGUUGCAGUAUUAUUUUCAA